CUCGGGGCCUGGAAGCAAGAAGACAACAACGGACUAGAGCAGUUGUAGCACUACGUACCCUCCCAAGAUAUCAAUCAACCAACCUUUUCGCGUUGUCAAACCUUACCUUUCUUUUAUGCGCCAUCAAUAAUCGAUUAACUCCUUUUUCUUAUCCUCCAACAUGCUGGUCUCCUUGACAGUUGGCAAGGUAGACGCUGGAGUCGCCGUCCUCUUGACACAGGAUAACCGACUGAUCGAGUUUCCCUCCGUUCUCCUCCCUAACAACAUCACAUCCGGCAGCAUCGUCGACAUUACCGUAGCGCGCAAUCACUCCGCCGAAGAAGCCAGUGCCACCGGAUUCCAAAGUCUCCAGAAACGCAUCCUCAACACUUACGGUGUCAAAACUCCUGCCCCGCCGGUCCUGCGACUCCGCAACGCAACCCAGACUUCGCUAGUACUGGAGUGGGAUCCGAUCGACCUGGCCACAGCAUCUCUGAAAUCCCUCUCACUCUAUCGCAAUGGCUCCAAAGCCGGAUCCAUCCCGCGACCCCUCGAGACACGCUCCACCAAGAUCAGCGGACUGGCAAUCCACACCGAGUACACCUUCCACUUAGUCCUGCGCACAACCGCUGGCACAUAUCAGUCGGAGAAGCUGACAUGUCGGACGCACAAGAUGACCGAUCUAUCCGGUAUCACGGUCACGGCGGGCGUUCUCCCGGAACAGCAGAAGGAGGCACUUGGUGCUGCGCUGGAUCGCGUCGGUGGCAAGCUGAUUGAUACGGUCCGCAUUGAUACGACUCACUUCGUGUGCACGGAGGGAAGAGGCCCGCUGUGGGAGAAGGCGGUUGAGAUGAAUAUUCCCGUCGUGACGCCGGAAUGGGUGGAUGCCUGUGAGGCUGAGGGCACUAUCGUGAGUGUCCGUGGCUACUAUCUGAAUGCCGACCCCAAGGCCAGACAGCUGGGUCCUAUUCAUGCGUCAACGCAACAUCAGCGUACCAUGUCUACCAUGACUGCCAACACACAGAAUCAUAUCCAAUCCCAGUCUCAGUCGAGACUGAGCCUCCAGCCUCAGCCGAUGCGAGAGAGACAGGAGUCUGUCGCUGAGCCGCCAAUUACUCCGUUCCCCGGGGCCGGCAUGAGCGGUCAACCGAAGGCUGAGGACUCGGAAGGACCUUCGGAUGAUGAAGAUGAACAACCUCCUCCGCCUCCUCCCAAGGAUGAGAGCGACGCUGCAGAGUCCCCGGAGCCGACUCCUAACGGUCAUGCCGAGCAAAAUGGGGAGGCAGAUGCCGCGGAAACAGCAGGCUCAUCAGAGAAAGAGGACAAAGCUGAUAAUGAGAAGGAAGAAGAUGUACCAGAGAAGGCAGAGGAAACAAAAGAAGAGUCAUCAGGUGAUGAAGUGAAGAAGGGCAAGGGGAAAGAAGGCGAAGGGGAUUUUAAUGAAGUCCCUCUUUAAUGGGUCCAUGUGAGCGUUUUCCUUAUGACUCUUUCCUCUGUUUACUUUUCUUUUUCCUUUUCUUCUUCUUCUUAUCCUGUUUAAGACUUUGAAUUCAUCGAAGCCUGUAAUUGUAUAGCCAGUAUGCUAGUAGAUGAGUCUCUCGCGGCACGACGUUUCCUAAUGUAUGCCUUUCUUAUGCUUUUCAUAUCUUACUCUUUUUGCGCUCUUGUGUCAUGUUUGUAUUAUAGAGGUAGCUUCUAAUGCUGCAUGAUUUAUC